CGGCCAAAGCAAGAGAUAUUCGUUCGGUAAAGUCGAUUGCGUUCUCCUGCUGCUGAUGCUGCUGCUGCUGCUGCUGCUCACGCAGUCGUCCGAGAGCUUCCACCAUGGAAGGCUGCAGCGCGGAGCGUCGAUCGUGAAGCGUGCUCGAUACAGGGUCAUCAGCAAGCGUGGUGCUGUUGAGCAUUAUUGUGCCUUCUCUGCACUAUCCGGGAGUGCGGGAAGUCUCUGACCAGUGUACACCGUUCACCCAGGAAGCGAAAGACAAGGGAAACACAAAAAUAAAAACACAAGUGAAUUGAGAGGGUAACACACAAAGAAAAAAAAGAAGCACGCAGCUUGACGACGCGCGGCACACGCAAUAAACAGACGUGGUGGCGUGGUGUGGCGAGUUUUGUUGCGGACGAAACAAGACGCGAAGAACCAAAGCAAAGCGACCGAAAGGUGGAAGAUUUAUCUUAGCAACCCUUUUGGAAAUUUGAAGGUCACAGGUUGUGGAAGGCUGGGCUGGGAGUCACAUUCGUGCAUUGGUGUAGUUGUGUAUGUGUGUGUUUUAAUCCGCCCUGCCAAAUCAAAAGUGUGCUUUUAAAAAUCUAAUGUGCUCAAUGGUUCACGAUAUGGCAGCAAAAAGCUAUAAAAGCAUCAUCAACUCAUUCCCACGAGGGACCCAUCCCUCGGGAGCAAAGUGACUGUGUGUGUGUGCGUGUGCCAAUUACAAGUACCACCAAAAGAACAACGGCAUCCCGUGGUGCAAAGAACCCUCCGGGUAGCAAAGAAGAGCGUUCGUCGGCCAUUUUCGGCCGCUCAGUGUGCAACGACGAAGGCGCAAGAGCAUUCCCUGCUUCCGAUUACGUGAUUGCCGAUUUUCCGCGAAUCUAGUAAAAAUAGCAUUACCGGCAUUUCCUACCCUCACCACUGCAGCAGGGGUUAGUGAGUGCCUCCGCAGAGAGGGGUUGCAUUCGUGCUAAAAGAUUCGUGAUUGGAAAGGGGAAGCUGGUGGCCGCUUGUUGUAGCAAAAGAAAAGCUCUCUCAAAGGGUGUUACAGUCCACAAAUGGUGGAAAUGUCAGUGCCGAGCAGUGAUGGAGAUCGCCCCGCGGCGAAGGAGUCACCGGGCGGUGGAACGGUGCCAGCGGUCGUACCGGCUGAUGGCAAAGUUCACACUCCCUCCCUAACCACCAAACUCUUGCCCUUCUUUCUUCCCUCGCCGACCGUUCCGGCACGCAGGCGGCCCGGCCGACGGAAGCCAUUCUUCGAAAAGUUCGGCACCCUGCUCAAGCAACGCUCCGAUGCGUUUCUGCUACACGUAAACAGUCCCGUGCCGCCCCACGGCGAGGAAUCGGACACACCACCACCCGCCAACGGAACGGCCGGACCGGGCGGUGGUGGACCUGCUGGACCAUCGUCGGUCGCCGCAAUUCUCGGCCCGGCAGGGAUUCUCGGCCCGCCGAUCGCUACCAACGGAGAUGCUUCGCCGGGCAAGCUGGGUGACGCGGAAAACUAUGUCGAGAUACUGUACGAGAAGGUACUGCACGAGAUCAAGCAGGGCAACAUCGUCGAUCGACAGAAGAAGCUCACCCAGAAGGGGCUCUACUCCUACAUCCAGGAAGCGUUCGGAGUGGACGAGGCGCGGCAUGCAGUGCUGGAGCAGCGCGUCGAAACCAUGCUCGCCCAGGACAUCUACCUGCGGGUGGAAGUGAUGGAGGCCAAACUGAACGGACCACCGGCAGACGAGCCCGACCGGCAGCCGCCGCUACCGAACGCGUUCGUGAUCGUGUAUCUGCAGGAGAAGCCACGCGAACUGCACCGAACGGCAACGGUACCGGGGACGCUAAAUCCGUCCUGGAAUCAGCAGUUUCCUGUUGCCGUCAAGCAGGACACCAAGGAAACGCUUAUCAUCGAAGUGUUCAACAACAGUGACAAUCCGAACAAAUUUCUGCGAGCCUUGCGCAUCGCUAAGAAGUAUGUGAUGUCGCUGUUUAAUCCUGUCGCAUCGCACGCUAAAAUGAUUGGACGCGCCAGCAUUCCGUUGGAGUCCAUCACAUCGACCGGGUUAAUCUCGUGGUACAAUCUGGCGAAGAAAAAGAAACCCGACCCGCAGGGCACGAUCAAGGUGAAGUUCUUCUUCACCUCCAAGCUGGAGAAGGCGACCGCCAAGCACGAGUACGAGCAGAUGCUGCGCUGCAUCCUGGAGUACGAGCUGCGCAGCUCCAGCGUCGCCCGGUACUGGUGGGCCGGCAAGCUGACCAGCGAAGGGGAAGCGAUCCUGCAGCAGUACACCAAGUGUGCCAAUCUAACCGCCAUCGAGCAGACGCUCAUUGCCUGGUUCGUCUAUACGCAGGUGCAUCUGACCUACCCGCUGUCGAUCACGCUGCUGGAGAGCGUGCUGGACAAGCUGUGCGGUGCGUAUGAGAUCGCGCUAACGACAGACGACGAGCGGGAACGCUUCUGGGAAGGUGCCCGCCGCAUCUUGCCCUCCUGCCUGUCGAUCGUGGUGAAGAUGCGCAAACGGUUGGCCGGUGAUAAGGAUAUCGUUAAGACGGUUACAGCCGUGCUGCAGCUCCUGGCGAAGGCGGACCAACUAGCCAUGCGCAAGGGAGCGAAUCUGUUUUCCGAUGCUACCGUACGUGCCUUAAAGCAGAUGGCAGUGGACUGUACGAAGCAUUCCACCAUGAAGGAGGCAACGGUGCUGGCAGUGCAGCUUGGUGCACGAACCUGGUUCGAAACGUCCCUAGCGUCCGCGAUCGAGGGCAGCCAGUCGAACGAGGAGAAGCUACGAUCGCUGAUCAAGUUUGUGCAGCUGCUGCAGGCCGAUCUGCUCCGUGCCAAAACGUACUACGAUGGAGUGUUUAAAAGCGUAAUGGACAUUGACUAUAGCCGGGAGAUCUGCAUCCAGCACGAGGCACGCAUUGUCUCCCAUCUCCGCCCGAUCGUACAAACCAUUUGCAACGGCUUUAAGAAGAUCACGCUCCGGAUGGAGCAGCUGGAGCGGCGGGCCGAGAUGGAAAGCCUCGACAUGAGCUCCACGCUGUUCGAGCUGUACCUGAUACUGAAGCUGUUCCUGCAGCAAACCGACACGGUGGUUCAGUGUGCGCACAAUCCCUACAUCGUCGAGUUUCACCAAUGGUUCCGCGGUGGCAUCGUGUACUAUCUGGACGUGUUUGCGAUCAAGACGAUUUCCCGUGUCGUUACCGUGCUGGAGGAGGACGAUCUACGACCAGCGACCGGUGCCGUUCCAGGGCCGAAGUGUUCCUCCUCUACGGGGGAAAUUUUGGAGAUCAUCUCGCAGAUCAAGAUCUUCUGGGAUCAGCUGGCGUGGCCGGAUAAGGACGAGAUGAAGAAGUUCCUCAAGCGAAGCAUCGGGGAUAUCUGUAGCUGCUGCAUUUUCUAUGCCGACCGUCUACUCUCCAAGGUAAAAACACUGCACGGCUCGACGGUUGGCUCGGCCGGUGGACUAAACGCAACACAGCUAGCAACGCUCGAACGAUCACUAACGGUGCUUUCGAACGUGAGCGUGCUGAUGCAAAGCCUGGCUCGGCUUCCCGCCGAACUCGGCUACAGUCAGCCGCGCGUUCACGGGUCGGUCGAAAGCGACACACCCGAAAAGACGCGCAAAACUUCGCUCGAGCAGCUGAUGGCCGACGAGAUGCUGCCGAUCGAUGGGCUGGCGAGCUGGCGACAGAAGUGUGUGCGCUACAUUGCCGAUCACGUGACACAGACAACUCGCGCGCUGAUCCUUGCCUGCGGCGAAGUUGGCCCGAACGGUGGCAGCCCAAAUGGAACACUGACGGGCGGAUUCUUUGCCAGCAAACCGCAAUCAUCGCCAGUGGAGCACGUCGAACGAUUGCGGCACUGGAUCGUACAGUCGGCGGCGCUGCUGCGCGAGAGCCUGACCGAGGUCGAUCUGCACGCCGUGGAGCAAGAUCUCUGGGCGGUGCUCGAAACAACGAUGGAUGAAAUCAUUAAGAAGCUCUUAGAGAAAAAAGACUCCAUUUCAACGUUCCAGCGAUUGCGCGACUGUUACACCCAGCUCAGCCAGCACUACUUCCGCACGAUCAGCGAAACGAUCGCCUGCUCCACGAUCGGCGAACGGUUGGAAACGUUCAGCUGCACCACGAGUGAGCUCAUCCAUCGCUACUAUCUGGAGCGCGUCCGACAGCAGGACCAGCUGGAGGAGCCGGAAAAUGGGCAACUCACCGUGCGCUGCUGGUUCCAGCCGGACGGGCUCCAGAUCAAGGUGCUGCGGGCCGAGCAGUUGCGCCUGCCGAAGGACUACAAACACUCGUGCGACAGCUACGUGAAGCUGAACGUGCUGCCGCCGGAUCAGUUCGGUGCACCGCUGCCGGAGCUGAAGACGAAAACGAAGUCGAAAAACUUUUCCCCCAUCUACAACGAAUCGUUUACACUCAAAAUCAAUCCGGUUCAACAUUCCCUCAAGGAUGCACUGCUCAUGCUGAACGUGAAGGUGUCGGAGCUGCUCGGCCUGAGCCAGAAGCACAUCGGCGAAUGUUUCCUACAGCUCGAUGCGAUUCCGGUGGUGCGUGACGCGAGUGAGGCGCACGAGAUCGCACCCAUCACCAUUCCACUCAGCCUCCCGUUCACGAUCGCCUCCUACUCCGUGACUGCACUCGAAAACCGUAACCAUGACAAGAUGGCGGCCCAGUUUUUGAAAAAGCUUAAACAAAAAAUGGGCAUUGCGCCGUACACGAUGAGUACGCUUAGCUUGUGAGUGCAGCGUACAUCCGUUCGUUCGUUGCUCCAACUAGUUUGAAAUCUACCUUGGAUUUCUUUUUUUUUGUGGCAUUAGAGGUAAGGCAAAGUGAUAGCUCUUUUUUAUUGAAAUAACAACGUUACAGUUUAAUUGCAUUGCUUUUCGUCAUUUUUAUAAGAAUGCUCAUACACCACGAGGUUGGUCGGAAUGGUGUGCUUUUUUCUAAAGUCUCAAUGAACCAUUAGCAAUUAAAUAGGGUUAGCUUAAAUUUGAUGAAGAAUGUGAAGCCAUGCUUGAAUUUCGAUUUAAACACUUAAUUUUUUGUAUAAUAAAUUAGUUAC